AUGGAUGAGGAGCUUCUCGUCGGCGCCCCAGUAAACCUGGACUGCGACCACUACGUGCACAACUCGGCGGCGCUCCGCGAAGGGAUGUGCUACAUGCUUGAGCACAUCCUCGCAGAUCAUGAAGCUGCAGUCACAGGGCGGGUGGACGCCGCCAACGCCGGCAUGUCACAGCCGCACAUCUUGCAGGACAUGUUUGACGGAGGCGGCCGACCGAGCACCGUCGGCGGAGUUGCUGAGCACAUGGGCGCGCGUCGCGCAGUUGAGGCCGCCGAUAUGUGUGAUGUUACUAUCUAUAUUACUCCCAUUGUGGGCAGUCUUUGGGCUCUACAGAACCCAUCCGAUUUUUUUCUGGAGGGGGCUGCGCCCAUUCCUUUGGUCAGUCCACACCCUUUCCUUUCCGAAGGGGUUCCAGGCGACGGCGUUGUCGGGAGUGAGAAGGAAGGAGAGAUCCCCGCAGCGAAGUGAGAAGGGAGGAGAGACGCCCGCACUUGAGUGAGUAAUUUCCCCUCCCUUUUGUGUUCCUUUUUUUGUUCUUUUUUUGUGUAUCCAUCGAUCUAGGGUUUGCCCCAAUCGACAAAUCUUGUGUAGGGAUUCAGUGGGCCGGUAGAUUUUUGUGUUAGAGAUUCAGUGGGUGGUACGCCCGGGAGUUGAUACAUGUUCUAGUGUUUGCCCCAAGUCAUACAGAGAGAUUUAGUUGGGGUGAGCGUUUUCAGUUCAGUUGGCGUAUUUAGACAGUGGGGAUUAAUGGUUUUUCUCUUAGUAGUGGGGAUGGGGAUGGGUGGGGGAUUAGUAUAGGGUUUUUCUUGUGUGCUAUGCGACUGUGAUGACUUUUUUGUGUGUUUUUGUGAUUGUGUGAGAGUGUUUAAUAGACAGGGGAGAUCCAUUAUGUGUAAUUCACUUUGUAUCUCUGAAACUAAGUUGUGUUCGAUCCAUCCUGCGUGAUGUUUGUUUGUUGUGUACAAAUUCCAGAGCAUCUCACUCUAUGUGUAUUCAUGUGAGUUGUAAUAGGAGGAGAAAUUCUCAGAUAUUUACUAGAUGUGUUUGUAGUAAUACGAGUCUAAAUCGUUGUGAAGAUAGUGGUAAGUUGUUUUUGAGUGUUUUUUUUGUGGAUGCAUGCCUAGGUAGGCUAACAGCGGUAGUAGGCACAUGUUGGUGAUUUCUCUUGUAAUCCACAAAAGGUAUCAGUUUGUUAGAUUUGAAUCUUCCCUAUUUUUUUAAUGGUGCAUUUUUCUGAUGUACUAGAGUGAUGUGUUUUGUGCAACUUUUCGUGCCUAGAAUACAAAACUACCUGCUAUUCAAGUGUCUCUAGAUCUGGUACAGCCAAAACAAGCAAGUGUUGUCCUAAAAAAACAAGCAAGUGCUGAACUUUCUGUGCCUAGAAUAUAAACGUGUCCGGACUAUUUUUUUCUAGUUACUAGUUGUAUCUACUAAUGGCCUCAAGUACAGUAGAGGGGUUAGUAAUCCUUAGUCCUGGUGGUAGUCAGACUUAGCCAGGGGGAAACAGAAUAAGCAGAGUACAGUAAGUCAUAGCAGAGGCAAGGGAGGUCACUUAGGUUCAGUGUAGUGUUGAAGUAGGCGAGUAUAUGUAUGCGUAGAUGUAGGUUGAGUGUACUGUGUUGUCUAUAGUUCAUGAACUUUUCAGUGUUGUUGUUUGAUGUAGUUCUAGAAGGCUUUUCAGUGUCGUGAUAUUUUCGUACAAAAACAUGCUUGUAGUUCAUGCCGUGAGACUAGCCAGUAUUUUUGCAUAUGUCUUUUGUGUGUGAGCUGCUUGCUUGCUGUAAUAUUUCUUCCAUACUAGGGGUCUACAAUUUUGAUUAUCUGAGAGGGUCAACUUCAGUUUUGAAAUGAAGCAAUUCGUUUUGCCGACAGUUUUGCCAUAGUCCUUUUUUAGUGUUCAACCAGCAGAUUUACAUGUUGUUUUGAUGUAUAUUCUUGAUUUUUCUGCUGCCCGUGCUUCAUUUAUAAAUGGUUCUAUUUUUUUUCAUUUUUUGUCAUUUUUCUGAGUGUUUUGAAAUAGGAUCAGUGGAGUUGUUUAUAUAGUUCUAGCAGAUUUUUUGCUGAUACUAUAGUUUUUUAUUUAGAAAAAAUCAGUGUAGUAAUUUGUACACAAGCAUGUUGUAGUUCUUUUAUAGUUGUUGGUCGAAUUCACUUUUUAAGUUUAGUGUUUUGAUGGUAAGGGAUGUUAGCAUCCCCACAGGAGUAUAAUUUUAUUUUUUAUGUUUAAUUGGGACAAUUCUAUUAUGACACCACUUUUUUUUUUCCUUUUUUGCUUGACCAGGAUGCUUCGCCCAGUUUGCUUUUCCGCAUUGUCGUCAGAGCUUCAACAUGUAUCUUCGCAAUGCUGAUGAAACCUUCAUAGAGAAGUUUCAUGGGGAUGGGUCUUCUAUUUUUUGAUGCCAGUUUGCAAGUUGACCCUCGACUUGUAACAAGGUUCCUUGUUUCAUUCCACUUGUAAGUGGACCCUCGACGUGCAACUGGGUCUUUUGUUUGAUGCCGCUUGCAAGUCGCCCCUCGACCUACAACGAGGACUUAUGUUUUCAUACCACUUGCAAGUGGUCCCUUGACUUGCAACUAGGUCUUCUGUUUUCAUGCCAUUUGCAUGUGGACCCUCGACCUGCAACUGGGUAUUCUCUUUUUCAUGCCAAUUGCAAGUGGAUCCUCGACUUGCAACUUGGUCUUUUUAUUUGAUGCCACUUGCAAGUGGCCCCUCGACUUGCAACUCUGUCUUCUAUUUUUUUGAUGCCACUUGUAAGUGGACCCUCGACUUGCAACCGAGUUCCUUUGUUUUUCAUGCCACUUGCAAGUGGACCCUCAACUUGCAACUACGUCUUCUUUUUUUAUGCCACUUGCAAGUGGACCCUCAACUUGCAACAGGGUUCCUUUGUUUUUCAUGCCACUUGCAAGUGGACCCUCGACUUGCAACCAUGUCUUCUUUUUUUUAUACCACUU